AUGGAGGUACUCGGGGCUGUAGCAAGCGUCGUCACCCUCUUAGAGGUCGGCGGAAAGGCGGGCAAAUUUAUCAAAGGCAUUCGCAACAUCCCAGAGAGCUUUGAGGAGCUAAGAGAAGAGAUUGGCUUUCUUAAGGCAAUCUCUACGGAGCUAUCGAAGGCCCAAGAGGCUAUCUCUAAUGGUAGCCACAGCACUCGUUUGAAAGCCUCUUGGCCCGCUAGUAUUGAGAACAUCAGGAAGACUUUGGAGGAUACAGUACGCGACCUAGAAGACAUCCAGAAGAAAUGUGAGCGACAGCGGCCAGAUGCGGAGCCAGCUGCCAAACGGCGAGUAUGGAUAAGUCAUCGUACCCGGAUCUCGACCCUCCUCAGGAAAGCCGAAAAUGCAAAGGCAAAUCUAGGACUGGCACUCAAUGUCUUUGCGUUGGCAAUCAUGAACGCUCAGACCCCAAAAGAAGAUGCCCCUAGAAGAGUCUACGAGAUCGAGAAUGAGAAGGAAGUCGAAAUACCGCCGGCAAUAGAGGAGAAUUCCACAUCCGUUACAGUAACGGAAACGCAAUCAAUGAACCCGGCUCGCACCUCAGUAGUUGCGAAAAUGCGACAGAUAUACGCCCGCCGUUGCAGAUGUCACUACCAGAAGCAGCCCUGGCGCAUCCGGAGUCCGACGUGGGCCUCACCACUGGUUGGCGGGUUCGAGGUCAGAGGUUGGUCUGGCACCGCGGACAACUCCUCUUCAGCUUCAGGCUGUACAUGCUCACGAAAUGAGCGUGUUUCCAUGGAUGAUGGGCAGUCCCAGUAUUCAUUGGCAGCUAAAUUCUUCUUGGGCGGCUCGUUCUACACUCUAGAGUUUGCUAUGCGCCCAGUAAACACAAGGCGGUUCAAUUCACCUCAUUGGAUCCUCUUGAAAUGGAGCAAGGACAGCUUGCAAAUGGGCUUGAGUCAGAAGCGGGUGUCAUAUUUUCCCGAUGAUGAACAGACGGACGGGACUACAAUAGUACCGAUCAUCAUUGAGUCGGAAGCAUAUGAUGCUCUGGAAUUGCUGCUCAAUGAAUGGAAGGGCGUGUUAUCUCGAACUGGUUUUCCCCGGCAAGUCGGAUAUGCUGUGCGAAGUGAACAAAUGGCGAUGAUACAGUCCGGGGAACAUAAUGAGCGAAAAGCGAGAAUGCUUGAGAAAGUGGCUUCAUACGUGUGGGAUGAGGAAACAGAACCGGAAGCCACGCCAUUCCACGAAGCCGCAAUUGACGGGGAUGCCUUGGAGAUGCAGCUUGUGUUGGACAAGCUAGGGAGUGCUUCCAUUAAGAUUAUUGAUGAGUUGGAUAGAACAGGACGCUCAGCCCUGCACCACUCAGCACAUCGUGGUAAUCGAGAAGCUGUUGAAGCUCUGGUCAGAGCGGGCGCCAACAUCAACAUCAAGGACGGCAAAGACGGGAUGACACCUCUGAUGUUUGCCGCAUUGAAAGGGGAGGUCGAAUGCAUGCGAGUCCUGUUAGGGCCAGGCGGAGGUAAACGAAACGACGUCAAUCAAAAAAGCAAUUUCGGCUACGCUGCAAUAAAUUACGCCGUGACUGGCUAUAAUCCCACUCCCGCGGCCGUCCGCCUGUUAAUCGAACAUGGAGCAACGGUUUCAUCCCGUGACCUGGAUAGUUCAACGAUUCUACAUCAUCUCGCAAGCAAUUGGUGCUCGGAACAAGACGCUCGGGAGAUCUUUCGCUCGGUUCUCGAACUCGGCGAGCUGAGCAUCGAUGUCCGAGAUCCUAACGGCCAAACCCCUCUUCUAGUCGCUGUAAGAUCGAACAAUUUGCCAAUAAUUCGCUGUUUGAUGGAAAAUGGAGCUUCCACGACUGUUCAGGACGAUUACUCAAACAACUUGAUGCACUGUGCUGCUGGAAUGUCGAAUUUGGAGGUAUUGGAAUAUCUCAUGACCCAGAACUUGUCUGAACUCAACAUAGAGCAAACUAGGUGCAACGGUGAAUCUCCGCUGGACUGUCUGAUCUACAACAUCUGCGCAGAGCCAUGGCAGCUUUGGGCAAGCGAACGACAGCCCAGUAUGGAGGAAAUAGCAGCUUUUGCGCAACUCCACCAAGCCAUCGAAUGUGCAAACAAGGAGAAGGACAUCUCGCUCCUACAGCACGCCCUUGACUCUCUACCCAUCGAGAGCCCCAAUACCACCUUAGCUUACGUCCAUCUCGCCCAGUUGAGCCAGAGGAAAAAGGAGAACCCAAACCCAGGUGACUAUGCAUUUUAUCGAGCUAUCGAGAACGAUGUACGAGCCUGGCCGAGUGGCAAAAAAAUGUCGGAUAUCAGAAACGUUAUAGAGGAAGACUUGAAGGAGCUGAGAGACUCAUUGAGCGAGCUGAGAAACUCAGUGGACGUGCUCAUAGACUCACUUAUGAACCUAAGGCAUAGGAUCAAGGCCAAAGAAAGUUUCUUCCUUGUUUAUUCCAGCUCAAAAACCACGCCUACAAUGUCAAACAUUGCUAAGACUGUUGUUGCGACUGGCGUAUCGUCGGGAUUGGGGUUUGAGGCUAUCAAGCAACUUCUCCAACAGGCGCAGCCUUAUAAGGUGAUCCUAGGUGCGAGGAACACCGAGGCCACAGAAAAUGCUUACAGCUCGCUCUCGUUUGACCGAAGCAAGCAUUCGUUGAGCGUGCUCCCGCUUGAGCUCAACAAUCUCAAAAAUGUGAAAUCAUUUGCGCGUCAGGCCCUCGGCAAGCUAGGGGAGGAUCGCAUCGACUACUUGCUCUUGAACGCCGCAAUUAGUGACCCUGCCCAGGGACCCGGGCCACAUGGGUCGAAGUGGUCCGAAAUCCUGAUUGUUAAUCAUACUUCUCAACACUAUCUAGUUCAUUUACUCCGGGAAAAGCUUGUCGCGUCCAAGGCUCGUUUGGUCUUCGUCUCGUCUGGGGCAGUGCGUAAUGUCCCUGAUCCAAGCGUCCUAGAUGAAGAUCUCCUAGCAGGGUCGGGCAAGGAUAGCAUGACUAGCUACCCGCAGUCCAAGUUCGUGGCACUUCUCGCCGCCCAUUGGUGGCGAAGGCAGUUGGCUGGCCAGUGCAAUGUCGUGGCGGUCUCUCCAGGACUCAUUCCAACCACAGGGCUACAGAGGGGAUCCAAGCUCUCAUUCCCAGAUGCUAUAAUGAAGGAUGCCAAAUCCGUUCCAGAGGGCGCGAAAAGCAUCUUGGAAGCCUUCACUCGAAGCGACUUCCCAGAAGAUCCUGAACAGAUAUUCCUUACUAGCUGGGGCGAGUGGUGGCCAAAGGAUGUUUAUGCGCUCUCGCUUGAUCAAGCGCUCCAGAACAAAUGGUGCCAAAGCCAAGAGGAAAUUGAAACUGAGAUGGAUAUUAGCGCAUGA